CGGAGCAGUUCCAGUCGUACCAGUAUUUCUUUAAGUUCUUUAAUACGCAAAUGAACACUAUAGUGUUGAUGGUGACAGACUGGCCCGGAAAGGUAUCCAGCACUUGUUCUUAAUUCCUUGACUACUGCGUCAUUACAGAAACCCCACCAGUUGCAAAAGUUUGGAAACGUCUGAACCAUGGAAUAUUCGUACUAUGAAAUUUAGGCCUCGGCAGUCGCUAAAGUUGGUAGCGUUGAUAGUGUCCUGGCUGAAUUUGCUUCAAUAUACUACGGCCGCAAAGCAGGUAGCGGCAAGGAGAUAGGUUAUGUGUGAUAUAUUGCACAUGUGGCAUUGUUUGGGUACGGUUUCGAGGAAGUAGUGGUUCGUGUUAAUAACGAGCGAUAACGAGUGUUGCGGCUCAUAGGUUUCAUAACACGACAUACAAAAUGUCAUCGGAUUUAAGCGAAAAAAUACUAGAAUAUGUAGAUCAGCUUGGAAGUGUCGACACAUUGGAUCUGGCAAAACAUAUGCAAGUAGAUCAUCAAAAGGUUGUUGGAAUUGUGAAGAGUCUGCAAGCAGCAGGUGACUUAAUAACAGUAGAGCAGCAGGUCAGUAAAAGGUGGGAGUUAACAGAUGAAGGAAAGACAGUUGUAGACAAAGGAAGUCAUGAAUUUCUUGUUUACAGUGCCAUUCCAGCAGAAGGAAUUGCUCAGUCAGCUAUAAUGCAAGCAAUACCAAAUGCCAGGGUGGGGUUCAGCAAGGCAAUGUCAUCAGGUUGGAUAACAGUUACAAAAAAUGCUGGAGAGCCAAUUGUAGCUAGAAAAGUGGAUGACAUAAAGGAUACGGUUCGGGAUCAUCUUCAGCUCAUCUUGGCCAAGAGUCCUGAUGAAGUCACAGAUGAACAGAAGCAGGAAUAUAAGAAGAGAAAACUCCUUCAGGAAGUAGUAACAAAAAGUUUCUUGUUGGGAAAAGGGAAAAAUUUUGCUACAUCUGUGGAGAAGCCAGAAACUGAGCUAACACAAGAGAUGAUUGCAAGUGGUUCUUGGAAGGAGAAGAAUUUUAAGCCCUACAACUUGGAUUCCCUGGGAAUUUCCCCAGAGCGUGGACAUUUACAUACUCUGCUGAAGGUACGUGAUCAGUUCCGUCAGAUAUUUUUGGAGAUGGGUUUCUCAGAAAUGCCAACCAACAAUUUUGUGGAGAGUUCAUUCUGGAACUUUGAUGCUCUCUUCCAACCGCAACAACACCCAGCACGGGAUGCACAUGAUACAUUCUUCAUCUCUGAACCCAAGCUUAGCACGAAGUUCCCUUCUGACUACCUAGAACGUGUAAGACGGGUACACAGUGAGGGAGGGUAUGGGUCACAGGGUUAUGGCUAUGAGUGGAAGAUUAAAGAAGCCCAGAAGAACCUUUUGAGAACACACACGACAGCUGUCAGUGCCCGGAUGUUGUACCAGCUUGCACAGAAGGAAUUCCAUCCUGCAAAAUACUUCAGCAUUGAUCGUGUCUUCCGAAAUGAAACAUUGGAUGCCACUCAUCUAGCAGAGUUUUAUCAGGUAGAGGGUUUAAUUGUAGAUCACAAUCUAACAUUGGGUGACCUGAUAGGGACUCUUUAUGAAUUCUUCAAGAAAUUGGGCAUCUCACAACUGAAUUUCAAACCAGCUUACAACCCAUACACAGAACCAAGCAUGGAGAUUUUCUGCUACCACACCGGCCUGCACAAGUGGAUUGAAGUUGGUAACUCUGGAGUGUUCCGACCUGAAAUGCUCCUGCCAAUGGGUCUGCCAGAAGAUGUUAAUGUAAUUGCAUGGGGGUUGUCCUUAGAACGACCCACUAUGAUCAAGUAUGGUUUGAACAAUAUCCGUGAUCUUGUUGGUCCUAGAGUGAACAUACAAAUGGUUCAUGAUAAUCCAAUCUGUAGACUUGAGAAGUAGAAGUGGAAGCGCAUUGUGUUGUUGAUAUCCCUUGCCAUACACUGUCCGUGUGCUGUUCAUUGCAACAAUACUCCUGCAUGUGGCAGGAAAUGUGACAUUCUACACUCCUGUUAUGAAAUUACCACUACAGCUUAAUCACCUUUGUAUUAAAUUAUUUGCAUUUCUAUGUAUGCUUCUAUUUAACUUUUGAUUACAGUAAAACGAGUUGCUUAUUUUCUGUGUAA